AUGCCCGAUCAGGCCAACCCUAAUCCGUGCAAGCCCUACGCAUGCCAAAUCCAAGCGUGCAUCCAGCGCCACCAGUAUAAUCAGGACCGCUGCGAGCAUCUCGUGAAGCAGCUGUACCACUGCUGUGCGUCCUACUACAAGAAGUACGGGCUCGACAGCGAAUGCGCGAGCUGUCCCAAGCCGGAUGCAUUGAAUAAGAAAUUGGCGGCUUGGGGCGAGUUGUAA